CAUCAUUCUGGAACAAACACAGCAACAUGAAGCUCCUAUUCCUGAUAUCCCUGCUUUUCCCUCUUAUAUCAGCAGAACAUUCAGAAUGUUCUCAUGAUGCCCAGAGUUCUGGGCAGAUUCUGAUCGUGGAUGAUGGGCAUCAUUACGGGACCAAUGUUCAUAACCUCGAAAUGGUCUGGAGAUUUUCCAAAGCGUUUGCCAACCCUCAUUCCGACAUUCAGCUUCACAUUCCUUCCUAUGAUGCCGGCAAACUGGGCGAAAACAUCCACAACUCUGAAAGCUUAAGGGGAAUUGUCUAUUUCACCCAUGAUCAUUUCCUUGAUGACUAUCUAAAGAAAGUUGUCUGGGACUCAUUCCACCGGACACAGGACCUUUGGGGAAAUAAGCCCCGUGUCCUUGUGAUAUUCGUAUAUUGGACUGUAACCGACUCCCUCAUAUCAGCAGCCACUCACCUGAAAAGACUUGGUAUAGAGAUAUUUGUGGUGAAAUAUAGAAAACUGAAGGACUAUGAGGUAGAAGAGAUUGCAUCAUACCCUGUCGACACCCAUGCCUUCUAUUGGCAACAGUACAAAGAUCCCAAUGUCAUGUUCUCUGAGCUGGCAGUGUCUAUCUGCAGGAGCAUCGAGCGCAAGAAGUCAAUUCUCUCCCAGGUCCGGCUGGCUGGUGGCAGUGGUCCGUGUGAGGGAAGAGUGGAAUUGCUUUACAACCAGACAUGGGGUUGGCUGAGUGAUGAGAAAUGGGGGCGACUCGGUGCUGAUGUUAUUUGCAGACAGCUUGGCUGUGGACCUUCCAUGGCAGCUGUUAAAGGGGACCACUUUGGGCCCGGAUCUGGCCAUGUUCUGGGAAAGGGGAUGUGCAAUGGACGUGAACAGGAUUUCUCCCAGUGCAUUCUGGGAGCCUGGAAAGAGCGUGAGGAGAACCAGAAGAGUGCUGGGGUGAUCUGUUUGGCCUCUGGCUUUGGGAAUGUGAGACUAGUGAAUGGUUCUGCUCUCUGUAAUGGAACAGUGGAGGUGACACUGAGUGGCUCCUCUAGAAGAGUCUGUAUUUGGGAUUUUGCCAGUAGAGAGGCUGCAGUGACCUGUAGGCAAAUGGGGUGUGGGCCUCUCAUGAAGAUCCAAGAAAACCUGGUUGGAGCUGGUGCUGAGGUCCAGAUGGUGGAGAAGAUACACUGUUCUGGUGGAGAGGCCGAGUUGUCCAAGUGCAGUGUGAGCCUAUGGAGAGAGGAGCCCUGUUUCCUUGGUGUUUCUGCUGGAGUUGUCUGCGCUCAGUCCUCUCCUCCUGAAAUGCGAUUGGUCGGUGGCAGCAGUGUAUGUUCAGGUAAAGUACAGGUGAACUACGGUGGCCGGUGGGGCCCAGUCUGCGCUGAUGAAUGGGGCACCUUAGAAGAGGUUGUGGUCUGCAGGCAGGUGGGAUGUGGGCCGGCUAUUGACACAGCUCAGGGCAAGAUGCCAAGUCACCCCUCAAGAUCAUCUCAUCAUGUCCUGGAGUCAAUCUACUGCAAUGGGCACGAGUCACAGUUAUCCCAGUGUGGCUCCGUGGCACAAACGGGCAAGAACUGUCACGUCCCCCAGGCAGAGGUGCUUUGCUCACAGUCAGUUAUCUCCAAAGUGGCUCUGGUGAAUGGUACCACUGCCUGCUCUGGACGGGUGGAGGUUUAUUACAAGGAGAAAUGGGGUACAGUGUGCGAUAAGAAUUGGGACCUCACGGAUGCUAAUGUAGUGUGUAAGGAGCUGGGCUGUGGCACUGCCAUCGAGGCUCCAAAGGCUGCACAUUUCUCCCCAGGAGACGGACCCAUUUGGCUGGAGAAGGUUUUCUGCAAUGGCUCAGAGACCCGUCUGUCAGAAUGUGGAGCUGUGACCUCUAGAAGGGGCGUCUGUGACCACUCUCAGGAUGCCAGUGUUAUAUGUACAGGCCCAGAGCAGCCGUGAGAAGAAAUUUGCCUCCCUGGCAGAAGGGGGGACUCACCUGCCAGUCACGUUGCUUUGGCUCUUAGUAAUUCUGGGCACCACAUUCACUGGCACAAGCGACGGAGCCCUCUCUCCUUCACCCAGAGCCACAGACACCAAAGCACAAGGCUCUUUAACAUGUUACUCUUCCCAUAAUGCAAAUCCAACAAACCUGCUUCCCUAACACUGACACAUACACCUUCCCACGGCAUGUAUUUACUCACACCACUACUUGUAAUUUUAUUUUCUACCGAGUAGUCCCCUCCCUGCUCUGUACUCUGAAUAAACAGCACUUUAUCCCUCA